UUUGUGAUGGUGGGAGAUUCAGUCACUCUACACAAUGAUGUUGAAACAAACCAGCAAGAAAAGAUUAAAUGUUUUUUUAAUGACAUUCGCAUUGCUCAAAUCAGUGACUAUCUCAGUAAGACCUGCACAGAUGUUCAGUGUAAUGAAGAUACUGAGAGAUUCAGAGACAGACUGAAGCUGGACAAUCAGACUGGAUCUCUGACCAUCACAAACAUCACAACCACAGACUCUGGAGAUUAUAAGCUACAGAUCAUCGGCAGCGACAGCAUGAGCGAAAAGAUCUUUCGAGUCACUGUCCAGGAGACGGAUAAAACAAAGACCAAGACAGUGAAGGAGGGAGAAUCUGUCACUUUAGAUCCUGGUGUAAUAAAAAACACAAAUUAUUUGAUGACGUGGUAUUUUAAUGAGACUCUCAUCGCUGAAAUCGCUAGAGAUCCCAGCAAGAUCUCUACAGAUGAUGAGUUUGAAGAUGCUGACGGUAGAUUCAGAGACAGACUGAAGGUGGAUCAUCAGACUGGAUCUCUGACCAUCAUGAACACCAGAGAACCGGAUUCUGGACUUUAUCGUCUUGAGAUCAUCACCAACAGCAGCAGCAUCCGCCGUCAGCACAGCAUCAGAAUUAUCAGUGAAAAGAGCCUUAGUGAGAAUGUCACGAGUUUGAUUGAGUUUCUUGUUAUAGCAGGUGUAUGUGUUGGAGUUGUGCUGGUCGUUGCAGCUGUAACAGAUGCAGAAUAUCCUGACUGCGGCUACAAUCAACAGAGGUCCAGCAAAAGCAGCAGAGAUCAACACUAUCAGAGAUACGGUUAGUGAAGUAAUGUGUCCAUCCAGUGCUGUAAUCAUAAAGAAGGGAAUGCAUCAGUUUGAUCUACAACAAAAGA